CUGAGUGGCGCAGUGUCUUCCCUGUUCCUGCCAGAUGCCUUUGCUUGUUGUCCAUAUAAAGUCUGAGGUGGAAAUAAUUGGUUUACUUUGAAUGUCUGAAUCUUGAAUGAUCCAUUUUGUUGUCACAUCAAAAGAGCAGAAUUGCAACAAUUGCUCUUCUGUUUGCCCCUACCCUGGGGGAAAAGACUUUGAGAAGAUGGAGAACCAGAGGGGAGCGCUCUUGGGAUACAUCCGCUGGGAAGAAGAGGAAGGGGAUGAGGAGGAUGGGGUGGCUCCUGGUGCUUCUCCCUCCAGCCAAAUGAGCGAAUUGGAAGAUGUGCAGGUGGAGAUGCUCAAGAAGGCAAGGGAGCUCUUCCAGCUGUGUGACAAGGAUGAAAAGGGUUUUAUCACAAAGGUGGAUAUGCAGCAGCUCCAAAGUGAACUCCCCCUAACCCUUGAACAGCUGGAGACUGUUUUUGACAGUUUGGAACAGAACAAUAACGGAUUCCUGACGCCUGUGGAGUUCAGCAUGGGACUAGGAAAGUUGAUAGGGAUUGAAUUUUGUCAAGGGGCUGGGAGAAUGGAUCGCUCCAGACACGAGGAGACCUUUGAGUCAGGCUGGUCGGAUGACUUGGACCCGGCAGAUGAUGAUGAAGAGAAACGAUUCUGUUCUAUGAUGAAGCAGCUCGGAGCAGCCCACAUGUUUGAAGAUCCGCGUGAGGUUCGGGAGCUCUGGGCUCGGCUACGAAAGGAGCGUCCGGAGCUCUUAUCCAAUUUUGAAGAGUUUCUGUUGCGUGUUUCAUCAUACAUAAGGGAGGUGAAUCACGAGAAGGAGUCUAUGGAACAGGCAUUGAAGCGGAAGGAGACAGACCACGACCGAGAAGUCAGGUGCCUUUAUGAAGAAAUGGAGCAACAGAUCAAAGCAGAAAGGGAGAGGCUGAUCUGCCAGGAAGCACUAAGACAUGACAGGAGUAACCUGCUGCAGAAGGAACUGCGCAGCAAAGAGCAGGAGCUGGAGAAAAUCCUCUACCGCCAGAAGAAGCUGGAACAUCAGCUACAGUCCCUGAACUCAGAGCAGCUGGAGACCCGCGUGCAGAAUGAAAGGCUCCGGCACCUGAAUGAAAACCUGCUGGAAGAGCUGGAGAAAAGCAAAUGGGAGCUGGAGGCUGUGAAGGGGCAAUUACAGAAGCUCCAGAAAGAGGCUCAGCUUGAGCAAGAGCAGAAGGACAGGGAUGUAUUUAGAGUCUCCAAGAACAUGCAGAAAGAGAAACAAAGCCUCCUUCGGCAGCUGGAGCUCCUCAGAGAGAUGAACAAGAAACUUCGAGAUGAGCGAGACGCUUUUGAAGCCAAGAAGCUGGCACCUCAGAGCAAAAAGCCCCUGUUGAAGAAAGGGUCAGUGCUAGGCAGUUACCUGCUGGACGACAAGCCAGUCAAACGACAACUGGCCUCUGCGGAACUUCCCUUCACCUUCCCAGUGGACGUAGCAGUGGAAGAACCCAACAGAAAGAACUGUAAAUACUUCCCAGGCAAUGGGACAUGGUUGAAGACAGGAGAAGGAGGCAGCACAAACUUCGGAGAGAAGAGCAGAGACAAGGAGAGAUGGUCAUUGGCAGCAGAUGCUGAGUGGUUGAAGAUGACUUUGAAGGGUGAUGCUGACUGUAGAAAAAAUGCAGACGGAUUAGAUGAUGCUCCAUUGCCUCCUAGAGGUCAGCCUGUUGGCACCGAAACCAGGCUCCAGGCACUGGAACCAGCCAGCUGUUCCCCAGACCGCAUCUUUAAAGUGGUGUUUGUAGGGAACUCUGGCGUUGGGAAGAGUUCCUUCAUCCACCGCUUCUGCUAUGACAGGUUCUUGGCUGAGCUCAAUGCAACCAUCGGUGUCGAUUACCAGGUGAAGAGUCUGAUGGUGGAUAACACCCAGGUUGCCUUACAGCUGUGGGAUACAGCUGGACAAGAAAGGUUUCGGAGCAUUACCAAGCAGUAUUUCCGGAAGGCGGAUGGGAUUCUGGUGAUGUACGACAUUACAGCCGAGUGCUCCUUCACAGCAGUGAGGAACUGGAUGAGCAGUGUCCAGGAAGGUAUCGAGGAUGGAGCUGUGGUCUUUUUGCUUGGAAAUAAAAUGGAUGCUGCACAGAGGGAGACCCAGAAUGUGCCCAGGGUGGAGGGGGAAAGGCUGGCGAAGGAAUACAAGGCUGUCUUCUACGAGUGCAGCGCGAUGACUGGCUAUAACAUCAUGGAGCCCAUGCUGCACAUGGCCAGGUUGCUGACAGCACAAGAAGACAGGCAGAGGGAGAAUGCCCUGCAGCUGGAAGAUGUCAGCAGGAGGAAAGGGUGCUGCACAUAAGGCACAUCAAUGUGUCAGCAAGGGACAUGUGCCAACACUGUUUCAUGAAGCUGGGGUUCCUUUUGAGCAAGCCGAAUCUGAUGGUAUCAGCUCUGCAGAGACUUUGGGAAGCUGCAGCUUUUCCCCAUCUGGGAAUUUCAAGGCACUAAAUCAGGCCAAAACGUGCAUAUGAUCUGCAUUGUCCCAUUUCCCAACUCUGCACGCAGCGCUGGUCUCUGGAGGCCUCUACUUCUUUGGGGGAAUUCGACUGGUCUUGGCUAAUAGCACAAACUGUGCCUUCUGUCUGGAGAGGUUGCUUCUCUGUAAAAGGAUGAAGUCUUUUUCCUUUUCUUUCUGGCCAAGAAGUGGCCUAGCAGCAGAGAGUGGAGGACACAGUGGGUGCUGUGUUAAAUAGAACUUUAGUGUAAGAGAGAAAGAAAUUAUUUUAAAUUUGGGCUAGCUCUAGGUAGUGAUCCAUCCAUCUCAAAAAGCAGCAUCUCCUCUUGCUUCUGUAACAGCAGAGCCCAGCUGAAAGCCUGCUGUGGUAAGCAGGAAAACCUCCAUCAGUUCCUCUAAGAUCUGGAUCAGGCCCUGUAUUUACUGCGAAACUUGGUUUGACUUGCCAAUAUUGUAGUUAACUGAUUCCAUAUGUGGAUAUAGUAUGAACUGAUAAAAUGAGUCAUCCUGAUGGCUUUCUUCACUUUGUUACCCUAAUGUCACUGUCCCUCUCUUACUGUUUACAGAACACAGAGCAGUUGCCCUGGGACUCGCAGGCGCUCGCAUGUGCUGCUGAUUCAUACCCCGUUGCAGAAGCUGUGCUGUACAUACUGGAGGGGCCAUAUAUAGCCCGUUUUUAAGGCUGAAUGCUGCCUGUUUCCUCCCAUUCUCUUAUCCUUUCCUGAAAAAUCUCCAGCAACUAGGAACUGACUUAUCUGCAGUACUGAAAGAUCCCACCCUGCUAGCCUGACCAUAGUGCUUUCAAAUGUACCUGGGCUGGAAGCACAAGGCAGCUGCCUGUGUGAAACGUACCUAGUGAAGCUUUUUCUCUUGUGGUGACCUUGUGCAAUAACCUCACUUUCC